AUGAACGCAGUCUCCGACGACGACGACGUCCAACGACACUUCAACCCCGCCACGCCUUGCGACGUUGAGAGACCACCCACGAGACACACGACAAAAGCCCAGGAAGGGCUUGCCGCCGUCAUGUCUCAAUCCCUGCGGCCGUAUCUCCAGGCUGUCCGGAGCAGUCUCACAGCUGCCCUCACCCUGUCCAACUUCGCAUCCCAGACGGCCGAGCGACACAAUGUCCCCGAAAUCGAAGCCCAGACCUCGCCCGAGGUCGUCCUUACGCCCCUGACCAUUUCACGCAACGAAAAUGAGCGCGUGCUCAUCGAGCCCAGCAUCAACUCGGUGCGCAUCAGCAUCAAGAUCAAGCAGGCCGACGAGAUUGAGCAUAUCCUGGUGCACAAAUUUACGCGCUUCUUGACACAGCGCGCCGAAUCAUUCUUCAUCCUACGGAGGAAGCCAAUUAAGGGCUACGAUAUCUCUUUCUUGAUAACGAACUUCCAUACCGAGGAGAUGCUGAAGCACAAGCUCGUGGACUUUAUCAUUCAAUUCAUGGAGGAGGUUGACAAGGAAAUAUCGGAGAUGAAGCUCUUUGUAGGCGGCACCGUCCCUUUGCUGGCAAGGGCAAAAGCUAAUCGACCACAGCUAAACGCGCGAGCUCGAUUCGUCGCGGAAUCCUUCUUGACACCUCGCGUACUCAUUUCUUCAAUCUUUGCUCUGAACAUAACAAUGACCGCGAUGGCCUCCCACAGGGAGCCUACGGCCGAGGAGGCCCAAAUGCUUCACAAAGCGCUCUAUGAUCAGCACAGUGGAAACAGCGCCUUGGCAAUUCCUCGACUCCGCAGCGGUCAGAUACCAGUUCUGCUCCGUCACUCGACUUCCAGGGCCAUGAUGCUACAAACCAUCUCCUCAACAAUGGAGUUCAUCUCAUGCACACAGCUAAUGGGCUUCUACAAAUCACUAACGGAACGAGUGCAAAUGGUCACCCCGCGGCCAAGGCGCCGAAUGUCGCUCCAGCCCAGCCUUAGGCAGCAUAGCUCGAGCGUGUCCUCCAUUGGCAUGAACGCUUCAGCCAAUGGUCACAAUGAAGUCAAAGAUGGCUUCCUUCCAAGCGCGCAGACGACGCAGAACGAACAGACGCUGUACGCUCACCCAAAUGCUACCAACGGGCAUGGCACAAACGGCCGGAUUCCCCAGUCACAAUCCUAUACUGGGUUCACGAUACUAGGCAGUUCAGAGAAGUCGCCCAAGCGCCAAGGAAUAGAUCACGGUCUGGUGCAGAGCCCUGAGGGCUCUAUGUCGUUGAUCAGCCCCAUGACCGAACCAAAGAACUAUGCUCCUCGCACCAACGGCCAUCUAACCACACAGGAGCCUCCACCUCAGUUUAACCUGAGUGUCGUGCCCUAUGGCAAAGACAGCGUCGACAAAGAGCUUGGCUCUUGCGACAGCAAUGCAAACAGCCAGGACCCCUUUUCAGCGACUGCGUCCGCGGUCACCAACCCGCUACAAGUAGCUCUGACCCUUGCCGUGAAGCGCUCAGACAAGUUGAACGAGCUUCUCACCCGUCCUGGCGGUAGGCCAUCUUUUGAUGUCGCUAUGCACCCUGACAACUUUCCAUUCACCGAGAGCUGUCGCACCGGCAAGGCCAUCAACCACGGUGUUGUCAAGAUUCGCAACAUCCCUUUCUCGACCAAGCGCGCUGAAGUCAUCGCCUUCCUCGGCCGCAACUCAAAAAUCCUCAACGACGCUGAUGAGCCUGUGCACAUCAUCAUGGAGCGGGUCACAAGCAAGACGAUGGACGCCUAUGUCGAGUUCUGCACCCUCGAGGAUGCGAUGCGUGCUGUCGAGCGUCACGUCACCAACGUCACGAACUCGCGCCCGUCACGUCUCGGGGACCGUGCGGUCGAGGUAGAGCUGUCGAGCCAAGGCAGCCUCAUGAGAGAUCUCUUCCCCUUGGCAACGGGUGUCAUCUGGGACGGUGCCACUCCCGAGUUCAAGCCCUACAAUGCGCAUGAGCCAUGGGAGAACUUCAAGGGCUUCAUCACCGAGGAGGAGAUGAUUAUGCUCGUGAAGCACGUCGAGGUUCCGCAUCGUUCGCCAUUCUCGAAGGAGUGCCCGCAGCGUCCUUAUGAGUGCUUGAUGAGCACGCUCAAAAAGUUCCCGUGGUCAUUUAUGGACCGCGUCACGAUCUCGCAACGUCGCGCGCUCUUCCGCGCCACUUGCGAAUUGCUGCGCUUGCUGACUCGAUCACUGCAGAAGGGUGACGACGUUGUCAACUUGACGGUGCAGCUGUACCAUCGUCUGACCAAGGCGGCCAUGUCUUGCCCUGGCUUUACACCAUUGAUGAAGGACGACAUUGCGUGGCUGGCCAAUGUCACAGAGUCCGAGCUGCCCCAGUACAACCUCCCUCCAUCGCCAGCUACAUGGCGCCAUCAGUACGCCCUCGCGACCAAAGUCGAUGCGCAGCCGGAUGUUAUCAAUUGGUACAUUUCCAUCAUCCGCGACCAGUCCCACAAGGACAUGAUGACCUUGUCCAUUCAAGACCGCAACAAUUUGCAGGAAAAGGCUGCCGACACAGACAUGACAUGGGGUUACUUCUGGAACGAGCUUGGCUAUGAACGUUUCAUGGGACCUGGUUUCGACCAGAUGACCCUUGGCCAAGCUGCCUACGCCGAGCUGUCGGCUAUCGAGCGCAUUCUGUACCGCGCUCUGCCGGCCGCCAAGACCUACUAG